AUGUCCGGGACGACCUUCAUCCUCAACCUCCUCUUCCUCCCCGAAACCUUCGCAUUAAUCCUCCUCCCCUGGAAACCCUCCCGCGGGCGCAAGCUCACAUAUAACAAACGCUACCUCUCACCCAUAAACGUCUCAGUGCAAAUAUGCAUACUUGGAGCGUCCACCAGCUUGGCCAAUAGCAGAGUCGACCCGAAGGAAGACCUCGUCUGUUUUCCUGGGAUCAAAGAUUUCACGAGUUGCCAUCGAGACAGCAGGUUGUUCCACAAAUACAAUUGGUCUGAGGAAGCAUUGAAACUGGAGAAAAUUGCUAUAGAUUCAAGAGCAUGGCAUACAUGGACUAUGACUGAAGCCCUGCGUACCUUCAAGUGUCUAAAGGGGUUCGUACUAAUAGUGCAUUCCUUCAGCUGUCGGCACACAUUGGAGGGCAAUCAGGCCACUGAUCUGGCUUUGAAAAACUUCCCGGCUAUUGCCUAUUAUCAAAACACACUAAACGCCUUUUGGUGGCUUAGACAUGGAGGCAGAGAGGGCAGUAAACGGGCAAAGCCAAAGCUUGCGAGUAUGCAAUUAGACUGCGACGGGGAAGGAUGCUGCCUGCCUGCAUGA